AUCGGCCGACUCAGAUAACAUGACUUGAGUCACUGCAGCAUUGGGAAACAUUAUUAUUAUCCGCAUUUGUCAAUGGCAAUAUUUGAGGUUCAUACUUCUCUUUUCAACUCAACUUCAUAUUAAUACUUGUUUCUGAGGCAAUGGAUAAGGACGAAAAGAUUGUCGCAUGCAGUGACAUGCCGGCAGACGUCGAGAUGGGCAGCGGGAACACGGAGGUCAUCUCAUCCAAUGGCCUCAAGCGUGAACUGGGAUCCCGACACAUCAACAUGAUUGCUGUCGCUGGCAUGAUUGGAACGGGACUAUUCCUCAGCUCUGGCCAGGUCAUCGCGACAGCAGGCCCAGUCGGAGCUCUUCUCGCAUAUACACUCAUGGGAUUUGUUACAGCGGGCGUUGCAUAUACUACAGGAGAAAUCACGGCGUUCAUGCCAUCAACCGGCGGUUUCGUUCGUCAUGCGACGAAGUUCGUUGAGCCUGCAUUAGGUGCUGCAACUGGCUGGAACUUCUGGUAUACCAUGGCAAUCAAUAUGCCAGCCGAGAUAAGCGCUGCAGCCACGCUCGUUCAAUUCUGGAACACAUCGAUCAACCCUGGCGUCUGGAUCACCAUCUUUCUUCUCUUCAUCAUCGUCGCCAACCUUUGCGGAGCCAAACUCUACGGCGAGUCCGAAGUCGUCUUCGCAUCCCUCAAGAUCAUGCUCAUAAUCGGUCUCAUCAUUGGUGGACUAGUUAUUGACCUCGGUGGAGCACCGAAUCACGAACGGCUGGGCUUUCGGUACUGGAUCCAUCCAGGAGCCUUCAACACUUAUAUCAAAGACGGUUCGUCUGGACGGUUCCUCGCAUUCUGGAAGGCAAUGCUUCCUGCUGCUUUCAGUUACGGCAAUAUUCAAGUCGUGGCCAUCUCGGGGUCUGAAACGCGUAACCCUCGAAAGCUCAUCCCGGCUGCGACAAAGAAGACCUUCUACCGAAUAUUCUUCUUCUAUUUCUGCAGCAUCUUCAUCGUCGGUCUCAUUGUGCCAUACAACGACCCAGCUCUCGGCGUCUCUACCGGAACCGCCUCACAGUCUCCAUUCGUCAUCGCCUUCCAACGAUCCGGAGUAUCAGUUGUCCCCUCUAUCAUCAACGCUGUCGUGUGUACUUCAGCCAUAAGCAGCGGCUCUGCUUGUAUCUUCAUCGCCUCUCGAACUCUUUUCGGCCUUAGCUGUGAUGGCCAUGCUCCUCAGUUCUUCCAACGUUGCAACAGAUUCGGCACCCCCCACUAUGCGGUUGGUAUGAGCUGCCUAUUGUCUCCCCUCGUGUAUUUGACGGUUGUCAACAACACUUCCGUGGUCUUCGCCUGGUUUGUGAACAUUACGACUGUUGCUGGCCUUAUAGGCUGGGUCGUCAUUCAGGUGACCUAUCUCCGUUUCUUUGCUGGUCUCAAGAAACAGGGGUACAGUAGAAAAGAUCUUCCCUACAAGAGUCCCUUUCAGCCAUACGUGGCCUGGGCAACAUUGCUUAUGGUUUCCCUGGUUAUCCUGUUUUGUUUUGACGUCUUCGUGAAGGGUCACUUCACUGCCCAGGGAUUCAUCACAUGUUACAUCAACAUAGCCAUCUUUGCUGUGCUUUACACAAUCUUCAAGAUCCGGCUGAGGUCGAAAGUUAUACCAACGUCAGAGAUCGAGCUCAGUGAAGAGUUUCGGUCAAUUCGGGAGGAAAAGCAGCAGGAGGAAGCUAAUCAACAGCAUAAAUAAAUCGCCAUUCCAUUUUUGAUAUAUAGCUAUUUCCAAGAAAUGCAGUUCUAAC